AUGGCUGUUGAAGUUCUCAGUCCCAAGGAUUGCCACAAAGACUCGUUCACACGCCAAUCAGUAAUGAAUUUCAAUCGGAACCCUAACCCUAGCCGCCUCGGCCGCCCCAGCCGCCCCCAGAACGACGGCAAGAACCGAAGGCCCACCCGGCCCAAUAACCUCCCUCGCCCGGUCCAGAAGUCCCCGGCUCCCCAAAACCUCGUCAUGGGCCAGGUCAAAAUCCUCAAGCGCGGUGAAGAAAUCCCCAAAACGGCGCCGGCUACACCACCACCGAAGCAAAAUUUCAAGCCCCAAGUGCCGGCUCCGCCACCACAGAAGCAGAAUCCCAAGGCCCAAGUUCCGGAUCUCGGAAACACGAACCUGAUGGGUCCGGCACCCGAGCGGGUUCCGAAGCAGACCAAAAACAAGGACUCGAACAUGACUGCCGGGUUCUACGCCGGGUCGUCGUCGUGCAUAGCCUCGCCGCCUCCGAGCUCUCUGCCUCUUCCGUCGUUCUUCGCCAAGAAGAGCGUUGUCUCGAGCACCGACGCUGCGGCAAGCGAGCUGCUGAAGCUUCUGCGGCUUAAUUUGUCGUAG